CACAAAACACAGCGAGUAUGCUGACCCCCGACUAAUCUAGAGGCGUUAGUGUGUGCCAGACUAUCUUCUCUACGUUUCCACAGAUGAAGGCCGAUCCAUGACAAGACGACCAUCUAUCUGUCCUUGCAUCCUUGCAGACCAGGUGCUUGUCAAUAUCUUCGAUCCCCUGCAAAGUUCCCCGGCCAGAUCUACAUUACACAACUUAGCCACCGUCCUUGCAAACCCGGGCAGCGAUGGCCCCCGCCUCGGAACCCUCGCAGGCCACGCACCUGCACUACCUGCGACAGGCCCUGUCCCUUGCACGCCAGUCGCCGCCGAAGCCCACGAACUUCCGGGUCGGAUGCGUGAUCGUGUCGUUCGCUGCGUCACCUAGCACCGGCUCCGACGGGGCCGCCACGACAUCCAAUGUAAAAGAAGGGGUAGUUGGAGGAGGAGAAGCACAGAACGAGAACGAUGUUGUGAUGGAAGGCGAGGUCUUGUCGACGGGAUACACGCUGGAGCUCGAGGGGAACACGCACGCGGAGCAGAACGCGCUGACGAAACUCGCGCACGCGCACGGUAUCCUGUCGACCUCGACCUCCCCGUCCCUGUCCUCGUCGCCCUCGGACCUGGCCCUGCUGGGCCGCCGCGUGCUCACGCCGGAGAGGAACGUCUACCUGUACACGACGCUGGAGCCGUGCGGGAAGCGGCUCAGCGGGAACACGCCGUGCGUGCAGCGGAUCGUCGCGACGAGGGACCCGACAGCGGCGACCGGCGGCGGCGGUGGCGGCGGCAUCAGGAAGGUCGUCUUCGGGGCCCGCGAGCCCGGCACGUUCGUGCAGGACUCGCAGAGCCUGCAGAUGCUGGACGCCGCCGGCGUGCCCUGGGAAUACGUGGCGGGGAUGGAGGAGGAGAUCCUCCGCGUGGCCAAGGAGGGACAUGUCGUUGUGGUGAAGGAAGAGGGGGGAUCUUCAAGAGACACGCCCACGCACAGCCACGCGCAGGGGCCCACGAAUGUCGACGACAUCUCGCCCGAGGAGAGACGGCGGCAGGAGGCGCUGCCCCGGAAUCCCAAGAAGAGGAUGAUGGAGGUCGACGUCCCGCAGUGACCGAGGAAGGGGACGGACUCGACAUUUUCUCUUUUUCGAUCCUCCCCCCCUUUUCCCCCCAUUGUUCCGAACGCCCGUUUUACUUCCCGAUGGGAGGAAUCCAGGGCGGAGUAAGCGAGAGGAGAAAGGCGACAACGAGCUUGGCUCGAGGGAGUCACCACGACAUCACCGUCUUCUGGGACGCCAGCACAAACUUUUGGUGGUUAAGCCAUUCCCUUGUUCCCUGAUACCGGUGCCGUACCGGUGCCAGUGCCGGUGGCCCUGCUCUUCCCAACGCGAGACCGGCAAAGUCGAGGUGUCAGUCCAGUCAGCACCCUUGGACUCUGGUUUCUAAAUGCUGGACCGGAUGAGGGAAGACAGGGCAAAUAUGCAACGAUGAAGAACCGUUUAUGACGGCGAUGAAGCGGCUACGAAAUGCUCUAACACAGCAAUCAGAGAUACACAUCUAUUGCUCCAACGGACAGACACGUUUGAAUGGACAGAAUCGAAUGUUGAAGUUGUGCAUCGCCGUUGAUUGUCUUGCAUUGCUUUGUUUUCAUGCUGCUUUGUGCUAU